CUAUAUCCGGUUUGUCGUCACUUCGUGGGGAGGUCACGUGGCUAACCGGGACGUUCCGUCUGGAAAAAAUCGACAGGAAUAAUCACAUUUUUUUCUAAUAAUAAUAAUAAUAAUUGUCUAUUCAUAACAGACGCCUCUUUUUCGGAUGCGGAGGCAGGCUGACUGCCCGCCUUGGUGCAUAUAAACCCAGCGGAACACGAUGGAGACCCGGCGAGAGUUCACGGACUUUAGCUUUCAACGCGAAGCUAAACCGCUGUUGAUUUAUUUUUUUAGCACCUAGCAUUCAUUACGUAACCUUAACUCUUAACUGCUAAAUUAGUUCGUCAUAACAAACGGUCGCUUUUAUUCUCCGGUUCGACUUGAACUGUGCUCUUCGUGGACAAUGUCUGGGACCAAACUGUGGUAGUUGUUGUUUUUGUUGAAAGUUUGUUCUUUUAUUUAUUUUUAUACACAAAAAUGAGAUCUCCCCUGGCUCCCGGCAUACGACUCAUCACCUCGUUCUCUCGAGAUGGUUGGUAUCGCAGUUUCAUCCUCUUACUCACGUUCCUCUUCUACACAGCCUACCAUCUGUCGCGGAAACCUAUCAGCAUUGUCAAGAGUGAGCUGCACAGAAACUGCUCCUCAGUCAUUCGACCCGUGGACCUUAACAUAACCAACAAUGCUACCUGGUGUGAUUGGGCUCCUUUUGACCAAGACAACUAUCACACACUGUUUGGGAUCUUGGAUAAUUGUUUCCUGGUUGCCUAUGCCUUCGGCAUGUUCUUCAGUGGGAUAUUUGGAGAGCGGCUCCCUCUGCGGUACUACCUGAGUGUCGGGAUGCUGCUGAGUGGAUUGUUCACAGCUCUGUUUGGCCUUGGGUUCUACUGGAAUAUUCACUCUUUAGGUUACUACGCCGUCAUCCAGGUGCUGAACGGACUGGUGCAGACCACCGGGUGGCCGGCAGUAGUGGCUUGUGUUGGGAACUGGUUUGGAAAGGGGAAGCGUGGGUUCAUCAUGGGUGUGUGGAACUCCCACACCUCUGUGGGGAACAUCUUAGGCUCGCUCAUCGCGGGAGUCUUCGUCUCCUCGGAGUGGGGGAUGUCGUUCAUCGUGCCGGGGCUCAUCAUCGCCUCGACGGGGAUCCUCUGCUUCUUCUUCCUGGUCGAGAAACCUGAAGACGUGAACUGCACUCCUCCUCAGCAUCACAGCCACCAAGACAGUGGUGAAGUAGAACCUCUCUUGCAGAACUCGCCCCGAAACAUAAACAGCAACGGUUCCAUCUCGAGUGAGACGCCGGCGAUCGUCGAGGACCACACGGAGGCCAUCAGCUUCUGUGAGGCUCUCAGUAUACCUGGCGUGGUGGAGUUUUCUCUCUGUCUGCUGUUUGCUAAGCUGGUCAGCUACACCUUCCUGUUCUGGCUUCCACUUUACAUUUCAAAUGUUGCACAUUUUGAAGCCAAACAGGCAGGAGACAUGUCCACGCUGUUUGAUGUGGGAGGGAUUGUGGGAGGCAUCACAGCGGGCCUCGUGUCUGACUACACUGGAGGAAGAGCGGCAACCUGCUGCGUCAUGUUGCUCACUGCUGCCCCCAUGCUUUUCCUCUAUAACUUCAUUGGACAGAGGAGCCUUGCUACUACAGUUGGGAUGCUGUUGUUGUGCGGAGGUCUGGUGAACGGACCGUACGCCCUCAUCACCACUGCUGUGUCUGCUGACCUGGGAACACAUGAGAGUCUGAGAGGAAACUCCAGGGCUUUGUCGACCGUGACAGCCAUUAUUGAUGGCACCGGUUCAGUCGGAGCUGCGUUGGGUCCUCUGUUAGCUGGACUGAUUUCUCCCACAGGCUGGAACAACGUCUUCUACAUGCUCAUCUGUUCUGAUAUCCUGGCCUGUUUGUUUUUGUCCAGACUGGUUUAUAAGGAAGCUCAAGGCUGGUGUGGACGUCUUCACAGAGGGAGAGGGUUCAAAGAAAUCUGAGUGACUCACAGAAGCAAAGUAGGAACAAAAACACACAGAAGACGAGGGAAACGAUCGUGACGCUGACCUCAGCGAAGCCUUUAGCGGACGAUACGAGGCACUGACCACACGAUGGAAGCCUUCCUUUUAAUGUAAAACAGCCUGAAAUGUGUCUUUGUGGAGACACAGUUUGUUUUUUUAUGACCACUCAUUACUAAUUCUAACUUGUUUGUUCAUAUUCUUUUAUCAUUAAAGUGUAUAUACGGUG